AUGUUGCUGCUCUAUGUUGUCAUAACGAGGAGAUGUCAGGGGGCGAUGGAAGGCUUUGCAGAGUAUUCGAGCGACUCGGACGGUGCGAGCAUGGAAAUGGAGGAGGGGCAGGAGUUCCAGCCUCCUCCAGCAUGGCAACAGGACGACGACGAUGACGACAAGGAAGAAGAAGAGGAGACGGAGAACAAGGAUAGAGGAGAGGGGAGGGAUGCGUCAGAAACUUCGAAGGAUCUUGAGGAGGCUGAAUCAGCGCAGAAGAAACGCAGGCUGCUUCCGAACCCUCUCGACGCGCUUUCCAACGCCACGACCUCGUUCCUCGCGGCUAGGGAGGAGCAGGAGAAAGAGGAGGAGCUGGAGGAUGGAAAAGUUGCGGAGCCUGCGAGGUCGUUGAGUGGCUCAAACAAGAAGCGGGAAGAGAGCGAAGACAAGCCGGUCGAGGCUCCUCCGACAGCCCCAACGGAUGCCCCGGCCUUGUCACGAAAGGAGAUAUUUGACAAGAAGAAGGAAUCAACACGGCAGAAGAACACUAGAAAGCAGAAGUUCGGGCAGGCAAAUUUCACCAUCAAGGAUAAUCGCGAGUGUCCCAGCAUGUGGAACCCCAAGUGA